AUGCAUGGGCAACAAAACCUGACCGCUGUUUCUCUCACUCCUCCAACCGAACUGUUUCUUAUAAUCGCUCAGUUUGCAAACGCUUUGGAGCCCUUUUGCUUGUCAGUGACCAUGGACGAUAGUGCUAUAACUACAGAAAUGUUUACCUCCCUGGUGUGUGCUGACGCGGUGCAGCGUAACCAAGAGCUGAUGCAAAAAAUUCAAUGGGCGCUUGAGGAAAAUCCAGCGGCCGAUUUGAUGGCACUCAUCCCUGACUCCUAUCGCCAGAUGCAUCAAGAAUCACAAUUCAAAAGUCCGAAAACAAGUACUGCUAUGCUCAACCAAAGGACCUUGAAUGUGCUCAACGUCUUCCUAAGGGAAGAUCCUGAGAUCAACUUACUAUCGGUUUUCCCUCCGAACUAUGCUCGGCGUUAUCGACUCGCGGCCCAGUCUUCGAUCAACCCGUUGGAGCGCAAGGUGACGAAACCACGGAGCCCUCCGGACUUUCGCACGCGUCUGGAUACUGCGGAGACACCUACAAUUGUUUUUCCACUAUCUCAGAACGUAACGACCCUGUUGAAACAAUUCUCCGAGUCCGAUGCACAGCCAACGGACGCAGGGCACGCGCUACUUGGACCCUUGCGACAACUGCUCUGGAGUUCCCAAAAGCUAUGUGAAAAUCCUGUAAGGGGUGUUGUCGUUAAGUGUGAUGAUGACCUCGUUGCAAAAGUUGUCGUAACGAGCGGUGACUAUACAGAGUACACGACUCUGCAGUACCUUGCUGAACGGGCACCGGAGAUUCCUGUUCCACGACCUCAUGGCUUAAUUAGAAUUGGGCUCCUUUGCGUUAUUUUUAUGACUUACAUCCCGUCUAUGACGUUGACUCAGGCAUGGCCUACCCUCACACAUCAAGACAAGGUGUCUGUGCAGCGUCAGCUGGAUGGCACCUUCUGCCAAUUGAGGACGCUUCAAAAAGAUGAAUACUAUUUGGAAUGCGUUGAAGGCAAAAGAGUCAUGGAACACACAGACAGUUCAAUACUCAGCGUACCUCCUGGAUGUGAGGAUCUCGAACGUACUACUCCCCAUCAUGGCAGUAAAACUUAUGUCAAAUUCCUCCAUUCUUUCCUUACAGAUCCUGUUCAGGGAUCAGUCUUCGCUCAUGGCGAUUGA